AUGGUGGGAAAUUAACUGCCGCAUAAACAUUUUUCCAUUUUGAAAAAAAGAAAAGAAAGAGCUGUGUCAUUUUUCAUAAACAUUUGCAGAUUCGUCGAUUAGGAGGGCGAGAGAGAUGAGAUAACCACCGCGCACACUGGAUUUCCUCCUCAAGGUACAUUCUUUCUUCCGUUUUCAGAAAUAAACGAACACUUUCAGAAGUUGCGGUUCGGCCGUUCGAAGGCGGCUCGACAGAAACGCAUCGACGAGAGCUUCAAUGUUUUCGCAAAACGCAAUCUCAACACGUUCGUUUUCGUUUUUUGUUUUUCCUAAAAAUGAACACCAAAAAUGUAUGCGAAAAGUGCGCCCACUAUACGAGGGAUUGUACUUUUUUCGAAAGAGAUGGAAAUCACUGUUUGGGAAUGUUCUGGAAUUGUUCAGAAUUCAGUGGAACAAUUUUAUCCAAAACAAAACCAAAAGUGCUUUUCUCUGGAAUAUUGAGAGCUCAGCGCGAAAAUACAAAGAAAACUGAGGGAAAGUGAGUGCACAAUGACAAAAAUAUACUUUUUUGAAUUUUUUAUAGUUUUUUCUAUAAAAGGUUCGUUCGGAGAAAAUGAAAUUUGCGCUCAACCGUAUUCCAGAGCCAAUUUCGUGAAGUUUAGGGCUUCAAUUUUGAACGGACAAGCUUAUUAUUCAGAUUCUGAAUCUGAAGUUGCCUAAGUUUCGGGAUGAUCCAAUUCAAUCCCUCGAACACUUUUUGAUCAUAAAUCGGUUUAUUUCUCUUCAAUUCCAUAGCAUCCAUUCCCUUCCUCCUUCCCUUUUCUUUUCCGGAUUUCAUAAUUCCACGAAAUCUCGGCUGGAACUCUUGAGUCCUUAAUAAUUGGGUUUGUUGUGUUCCUGCCACGUCACAUCCUUCGUGCGUCAAGGAUGUCUUCGUUUGAGCACGGCUACGAACCGAGCGAGCUCAACUCCAAAUUGUUGAUGGAGCCAAGGACACGGAUGUGUGCAUCAACGCCCUUCUCUUCUGUUUAUAUCGUCUGAUGGCGGAGCAGGAGCAGCUCUUCCAGAAGAAAGAGCUCCGCGUGGCUCCUCCGACAAUGAAAUGCAAAUCACGAUUCGUCGACCUCCCGUGUCUUGGCCCUUCCGCACUAUUUCGGCUCGCCAUUCAGGUCGCGCGUCCGCGCAGAAAAGAUGAUAAUCUCGGAGGCGGUGUGUGACGUAAAAUCCGAAUCGAGAAGAGUUUCUUCUUCGAUCUCUUACUGUACUCUCUCUCUCGCUUUCUUUGAAAGCGUUCCAGUCUGGGGAUUGAGAAGGGUCUACGAGUGGCUCGCCUCCUCUCAAUUACUAAUUGCAUUUUCGACAGCAGUGAGAGAAAAAAGAAGAGGAGCAGGUGAAAUUGAAACUUUUUGCCAGGAGCCGCCUGCCUUUUUCGUUGUUUUCCGGACCCCUCCCACUCUUUUUCUUCCUCCUCUUUUUAGUCUUGAAUUCGAAACGCAAGGAAUUCCUAGGCAACUUGAGAGCUCAUUUGACACCUCCAUUGUCUUUGACUCCAAGUUUUUCUCUUUUCCAGCUUGAUCGGAGUUCUGCAAUUGGCAAGAUCUCAGUGUCUUCUGUCCAAUUGGUCAUCCAGCAGAGAAGGGGUAAUCUUUUUUUGCUCUCGGAUCUUCCCACUCAGAAAGCCCACUCAAACCUUUCUGCAACUAAAUCCAUUCAUCCUAAACGAGAAAAUUCGGGACUUUACACAUUCUGUUCAUUGAUUUCUCGCCUCUAAUCUCUUCUGAUUCCUAUUCCGUCUCGUUUGAAAGCGAUAAUGAUACUCCGUACUUUCCGUGAACUCAAAAAUAAAAGUGUCAGCAGUUGUAUCCAAUUUGGCGUCAUUUUCCGCCCUCCCGACCAUCCGCCUCAUGUCUUCUUGUCCUCAAUUUUCCUUUUGCUCCUCUGCACUCAGUAAGUAGCAUCUUCUGCGUCGUCACCCAUAUCCUAUUGUCGGCGUCUCUCACAAUCGCGCACUCCCUCAAGCCACGCGCCAAACUUGUUUCGUAUGAAUAGAAAACGGCUGCGUAUUGCCCCCCCGCCGUCCUCGCAUUUCUUCUUCAUUACUCCCGCGGACCGACUCAACUGAAACUCAUGCUCCAAAAGAGGACUCCUUCAUCUGGUGCUCCGAGCUCGUAGAGCUCUCUUCUGGAGUUUUGCCCAUGGGCGAGAUUUUGCUAAUUUCGAAUCGCAUACGGCCAAACACUGCUCCGCGGGAUGCAAAAGCUUCGACAACGCCUUCUUCUUCUCCUUCUUCAACUUCUUAUUUAUUCAUUAUUUUCCGACAAUUGGUUGUGGUCGAUUGAAGAGACAAGAAGAUUCUGCCUUUACCUAUUAUUAUAGCGUUAUUUAUCGCGUCGUUCUUCUUCAUUCCAGACGAGCGCACUUAUCUCUUAUUCUGAGACACUAACUGCAUUUCAAAAUUCCUUCAAAAGACUCGAAACCUCCCAAAAUUUCUUUUCUACGGAAAAUCAUGAAUCGAAUAGGACCUCGAAGACGAGGAUUUCGUUCGAGGUGAGUUGUUGGCUGGCCGCUUGGCACAAAUCUGUCGGCAAUACAACCCCCGGGCAAAUCGUGGCCUAAUGGAUAAGGAUCCCCGCCUGGGUCAAAACUUUUGCCACUCAAAACCGACACUUAAACAUUGUUUUUCAGACAGAACGGCAACAAUCAGCAAAAGGAAAUAGUGGAACCCGUAAUGGCCAGCGGUGUUUGCGUUCAUUCGGUGCUUCCGUUCAAAUCCGCCAAUGCGGCAGACUGCCGUGAGUUGUCUCCCCCGCUCUCUUUUGUUUUGAAAAAUGAGCCCCGACCGAGAGAGGGGCGCCGUACCGAGUCGGUUUGCGUUUGUUUCCGCCAGAUUCCUCUUCUUCUUCUUCUUCUUAUUGUAUGCAUGCGUUGGGCGGAGCACCGGCCGGAGCCGCUCAAACCAAAACCAAUCUUCUUUUCCUUUUUUCUUUCUCCUCCUCUCCGUAUUCUUCAUCAUCUCGAGCCCAUAAAACAUUCGUCAACAUUCGUAUAUUAUAAGGUGUACUCCAUCCAUUUCGGGUGAUAUUACUGUAGGUAUACGAGCAGUUCUCUGGAAAAAAGUAAAUGAAGUGGAACGGUUGCAUAGCUCUCCUUUCGAGAACUUCUAGUCGGGUGGACUUUCUCGGAAACAGAAUCCUUUUGGUUUCCCACAUUCAUUCCGGACCCGUUCUUGCCUCCGUUGAUCUACAUUCCGAACCCUUCGCCGACUUCAUCCGGCUCUUCCACUUCCUUGUCCUCGAAAGCGUGUCAAAUUGUGACAGCCGCUAGUGUUUCGCCUAAAACACAAAGAGCUCAUAAGGGAUUCAGGAGCCAAUUAGUGCGAGUAUCCAGUCACGAGUACUUUCGUCGCGCGCCUGGUUCCCGUGACAAAUUGCGUUUGUGAAUUCGUGAGCGGCUACCGUAUCCCUCCUUCAUCCGUCAGCGUCAGCAGCGGCCGGACCCUCAUCUUCUCGUCACGUUUCCAGUUGGCCAGACCUUCUCCUGAAGACGUCGACGUAUGUCACUCCACCUCAUCAUUAUCUACCUUACCAAUCGUUCUUGACGGCUCCUCGAGAGCCCAUAAAACUUAUCCGUUUCUUCUUCUUCCUCUUCAUCUUCUUCUUCUCCUUCUCCUUCUUGUUAUUCUUUCGCUCCCCUUCAUUUCCCAGUUGGUGUUCUCAGUGCUUCUCCCCUUCCCCACACACUCCCUUUUCUUCUUGUGCCCACUUUCCACUUCCACUGAUUCUUGAUCAUCACCGCCGAAACGAAACGUCGACGGGAUUAACGAGAGGACAAUAAGCCCAUUUGGCCCCAUCGUUCUCCUAGCCUUUUUGUUUUCCCGCCAUGAAUUCCAAGGCAAAACCCCCCGAAAGUCUUGCUUUUCCACCUUCUUUCGUUUGAAAUCUGGAACAGACUGAAACGAUGAAUUAUUUUUAGAUUUGGGGCAAUUGGGGCUCGUGCAUGCACGCUAACUAACUAACCAGCCACAUGUUCCACUUUCCAGAUGUCAUCUAUUUUUCUUUGAGCUUCUUUUUGACAUUUCUUCGGAAACUAAUGGAAUUGAGCGAAAGAGAGAGAGAGAGAGUGCGGGAGGAACGAGAGACGCCGAGCUAUCAUCAAUCCGUCUCUGUUUCGCAGGUUUAUUGGCACCCCGUGCUCUCCUGGCCCAUUCUUCAUUUCUUUUCCGAACUGUCCUCCCUCGGGAGCCUUCCUGCACUCGGGGAAUUAAUUCGGCAAGGUUCUUCCCAACCACCAACUGCCCCUUUUUUCUCCUAUUUUUCUGUGACGUCGACAUUUCAUCAAACGUAUGUCUUUCUGUGUGUUCUAAUCCCCCUUUCCGUUUGGUUUUGUAACAGACACCACAAAAACAACUCAAGUGUGCCGGCUCUUAGGCAUCUCAUCGCCCCUCUCGGCGGCUCUCCGUUGCUAUUGUCGAGUUUUAAAUCACAGCCUCCUGCGACAAUCAAUUUGAAACGGAAGCGCGUUUCAAGUGCUUGCGCAUUUCUAGAUACCGCGAGGUCUGAAAGAAAAAAAGUGUCCCGCAUGCGCCUUUAAAUUUGAAAUUGACUGCCGCAGGAGGCCGUGAAAUGGAUUUCAUUAUUGUUCAGUUGCUAAACGAGAGAUGUACCGCCAAGGAACCAACCAAUCCGCGUGCUCCGACGCCGACGAAUUCACCCAAGAGGAGCUUCAGGAGUUUGCUCAGGCAUUCAAGCUCUUCGAUAAGGACGGCAACAAUACGAUGAACAUCAAGGAGUUGGGCGAAGCAAUGCGCAUGCUCGGGCUCAAUCCGACCGAGGAGGAGCUUCUCAAUAUGGUCAAUGAGUACGAUGUGGACGGAAACGGAAAGAUCGACUUCGGAGAGUUCUGCAAAAUGAUGAAAGAAAUGAACAAGGAGACCGAUCAGGAACUGAUUCGUCUCGCAUUUAAGUGAGUUUGUCCUUUCCAGAGUCCUUACUUCAUGAAAAUUCUAACCAUUUUUGGAGUGAGAGAGAGAGAGAGAGAAAAAUAAUCGGAUGAGACAACGUGUGAACUAUUUGACACAACGCUUCAGGGUAUUCGACAAAGACGGCAACGGGUACAUCACCGCGCAAGAGUUCAAGCAUUUCAUGACCACAAUGGGCGAGAGAUUCAGCGAGGAGGAGGUAGAUGAGAUCAUCCGAGAAGUCGACAAAGACGGCGAUGAGCAGGUAAGCGGAACGAGCACACCUCCUUCACUCCCUGUCCUCUUUCAGAUUGAUCUCAAUGAGUUCGUCAACAUGGUGGCUCCGAUCGUUUCGGAAACCAACAAGACGGAUCCGUUUGCCGAGCCGGCCGCCUCGGCCAACCCGACAACCAAAUGA